AUGUUUGUCACUGAUGUGAUUUAUAAAUUGUCUGUCUGUCUCCAUACUUUUGAAAUGCAACUGCAAGCAGAAGAAGACGAAACAGGCGAAAUCAUACCAUUAGUCUUCGAUCGAGUCUCACUGAUGCUAACUUGUGCCGAAACUUGUGAUAGUUUUCGGGGGAAGGGUUGGCGCAAGUUAGCAUCGACUUUGGUUGACGAAGACCAGAUCGAGACUCUCAAAGACGAAGACUUGAUGAUUGAUUCGAUGAAAACGUCCUUAUUUGAAAUGAAGUCCUAUGAACACGAUGGAGUGGACUUGGAAGAUGGGAAGACACGGAAAGCCGGAGAUAAUAAGCCAACUCUGAGGAAGAUACCUAACCAGGCUUUGUUAUCUGGUUUAGCUUAUUGCGUUUCAUCAUGCAGCAUGAUCCUGGUGAACAAGUUUGUUCUUUCCAGCUACAACUUCAAUGCUGGGAUAUUUUUAAUGUUAUACCAGAAUUUGGUCUCAGUGAUCAUUGUGGUGAUUCUGAGCUUAAUGGGUCUUAUAACAACGGAACCACUUACCUGGAGAUUGAUAAAGGUCUGGUUUCCGGUGAACGUGAUAUUUGUUGGCAUGCUUAUCACAAGCAUGUUUAGUUUGAAAUACAUCAACGUAGCAAUGGUCACUGUCCUGAAGAAUGUGACUAAUGUAAUAACAGCAGUUGGUGAGAUGUAUCUAUUCAGCAAGCAUCAUGACAACAGAGUGUGGCUUGCUCUCUUCUUAAUGAUCAUUUCUGCAGUAUCUGGAGGGAUAACAGAUCUAUCUUUCAAUGCCGUUGGUUAUGCUUGGCAAAUUGCUAAUUGCUUCUUAACUGCAUCAUACUCUCUGACAUUGAGAAGGACCAUGGAUACGGCCAAGCAAGUUACACAAUCUGGAAACUUGAAUGAGUUCUCCAUGGUCUUACUUAAUAACACGCUUUCAUUACCGCUUGGCCUCAUUCUUUCUUUCGCUUUCAACGAGAUAGAUUAUCUGUAUAACACACCGCUUCUUCGGUUGCCCAGUUUCUGGAUGGUCAUGACACUCAGUGGACUUCUAGGUCUUGCCAUUAGCUUCACUUCAAUGUGGUUUCUUCAUCAAACCGGAGCUACAACAUACAGCUUGGUGGGAUCUCUGAACAAGAUACCUCUGUCUAUCGCGGGGAUCGUUCUUUUCAAUGUACCUACGAGUUUGCAGAACUCGGCAAGCAUACUCUUUGGUCUUGUGGCUGGAGUUGUUUUUGCUAGAGCCAAAAUGAGAGAGAAGUCUUAGAAACACAUGAAUUAAGCUUCCCUGAUUAAGUUGUUUGUGGGGUAGAAUUGGGUUUCAACAUCACAGUUAUAGUGAAAAUCGUUAACUAUUAAAGCAUUUUGCCACAUUACUCAAUGACUAGUGAUAAAGAUUUGUAGUAAAGUAUUUGAUUCUUGAGUAGUAAAGGAGUUCUAGUUUAUGUGUUUCUUGGUUUUUGACCUGUGUCACGUUUUAAGAAAAAUACAAUAUUACAUGAUAAAAGCUGGUCGGAAUUUUCGAAAACAUUUUCUUCAAC